AUGUUCAAGAAAGAUAUCCCCCCAAGCAACCGGUCGAAGGUCAAGUCUUCCGUGCAGCGCGGUCUGCGCCAGAAGCUACUGGAGACAUACCCCGGCUUCGAGCCCGUCAUUGAGGAAUUUAUGCCCAAGAAAGCUUCAUUGGAAGCUGUGAAACUACCGGACCGUGUCACCCUCUACACAAUAGACUCAACCCCCCUCUUCUUCCAACCCAUCGACGGCCCCCCAGUCCCCCACCUCCGUCUCAUCCACACCUACCCCUCCGCCAUUCCAACCAUCCAAAUCGACCGCGGUGCCAUCCGCUUCGUUCUCUCCGGCGCAACCCUCAUGGCCCCGGGCCUGACUUCCCCCGGAGGCAGACUGCCCGAUGCCGAGAAUGCACUUGAGGCAGGCCAGAUUGUUGGCGUUAAGGCUGAGGGCAAGGAGGAGAUUUGUCUUGUUGGUAUGUUGAAGGUUGGUACUGAGGAGAUCAAGAGUAAAGGCAAGGGUGUUGUUAUGGAUGAAGGCCAUUAUCUUGGCGAUGGACUUUGGAGAAUGUAUUUGGAUUAG